AUGAGCGAGGCGGGCGAGGCCACCACCCUCACGCAGUAUGAGAUUUAUCUCUUUGUAGGUCAGAUACUAAUUUAUCUGCUUAAUCCUAUUUUAGCCACCAAAGUCCUUGGCACUGUCAAAUGGUUCAACGUCAGAAAUGGAUAUGGAUUUAUAAAUCGAAAUGACACCAAAGAAGAUGUGUUUGUUCAUCAGACUGCCAUCAAGAAGAAUAAUCCACGGAAGUAUCUGCGCAGUGUGGGCGACGGAGAAACUGUGGAGUUCGAUGUGGUUGAAGGAGAGAAGGGUGCAGAAGCAGCCAAUGUGACUGGCCCGGAUGGAGUUCCCGUAGAAGGGAGCCGCUACGCUGCGGACCGCCGCCGGUACAGACGUGGCUACUAUGGCAGACGCCGUGGGCCUCCCCGUAAUUACGCUGGGGAGGAGGAGGAGGAAGGGAGCGGCAGCAGUGAAGGAUUUGACCCCCCUGCCACUGACGGGCAGUUCUUUGGGGCCCGGAAUCAGCUGCGCCGCCCCCAGUAUCGCCCUCAGUACCGGCAGCGGCGGUUCCCGCCUUACCACGUGGGACAGACUUUUGACCGUCGCACUCGGGUCUUUCCCCAUCCCAACAGAAUGCAGGCUGGUGAGAUUGGAGAGAUGAAGGAUGGGGUCCCAGAGGGAGCACAACUUCAGGGCCCGGUUCAUCGAAAUCCAACUUACCGCCCACGGUACCGUAGGGGACCUCCUCGCCCCCGAGCUCCUCCGGCUGUUGGAGAGGCCGAAGAUAAAGAGAAUCAACAAGCAGCCAAUGGUCCAAACCAGCCAUCGGCUCGCCGUGGUUACCGCCGCCCAUACAACUACCGGCGCCGCCCCCGUCCACCCAAUGCUCCUUCACAAGAUGGCAAAGAGGCCAAGACAGGUGAAGUCCCAACUGAGAACCCUGCUCCAGCCACCGAGCAGAGCAGUGCUGAGUAACAACACCUGGCUCCUCAGGCACCUCUACCAUCUGCAGGUGACCUAAAGAAAUAUUUGACUAUCAGAAGAUACAACAAAGAA